AUGGCAGAAAACGAGCAAGAUGUCCCUCCGAGCCAGAAAUCUGACGACUUCGUCGAAGCCAUGACCGCCGCCAUGCCACCGCGCCUGCAAGCCGCCCGCGACAUGACGGCCGACGAGCUCGUCGCAGAAAUGAACCGCAUCCCGCUGUUCAUGACCUCUCUCGACGAACCCAAUAUCGCGGCCGAUGGAAAAGCCAACGCCGAAGAAAACGUUCUAAUUGAAGCCCUGAAAGCGUUGGCCUACGAGGGAACGCCCUUCGAAGUCGCGGCCAAUUUCAAGGAGCAGGGCAACGAAGCCGCUCGGAUGAAGAAUUGGUCUGAUGCGCGGGAGUUUUAUUCCAAGGGGAUCCUGACUCUACGUCGCCUCGUCCCGACGAAUGAGAAGGUGGAGGCUGCGGCGCAGAUGUCUGUUGCGCCCAAGAAUAUUCCUGUGGUGGAGGACGAGGAGGCGGAGAAGGCCAAGGAGAAGGCGCUCGAGGAAACGUGUCUCGCGAAUCGAGCGCUGUGCAAUCUUGAGAUGACUGCACUGAAACUCAACCCCCGGAAUGUCAAGGCAUGGUAUCGCGCCGCGUCGGCUUGUCUCGUGCUUGACAAACUCCCCGAAGCCGCCGACGCAUGCACUUCCGGCCUGGGAUUCGACCCCGACAACGCUGCGCUCAAGACAUGUUUGACUAAAGUCCAAACGCGCGAGAAAGCUCUCCUGGCCGUGCAGACUGCCCGUCAGGAACGCGAGGAACGCGCGCGAAACGAAGCUGCCACAUUGCGAUUCGCACUGCAUCAACGAGGGAUUUUGCCGAAUCGGAAAACGGACAGUCCGCCUGAGAUGGAAGACGCGGAGCUCAAAUUGGCGGAUAAGAACGAUGCCAAGUCCGCGCUCAACUUCCCUUUACUUCUUCUGUAUCCCCUUCACGCGCAGACGGAUUUCAUCAAGGCUUUUGGGGAGACGGAAACGCUUGGACAGCAUCUCGGAUACAUCCUCCCUGUGCCCUGGGAUGAGAAGGGAGAGUACAAAUCGGAGAAAUCUGCAGAGGGCGUGGAAUGUUAUAUGGAGACAGCACAGGGUGGAUUGAUCAAGGCCGGAAAGAAUCUCACCAUUGGGAAGAUUUUGGGGACGGGCAAGGUGGAGAUUGUGGAUGGGCUGGUGAGAGUUUUUGUGGUGCCGAAGCCGAGGGCGAGUGAAUGGAUAGAACAGUUCAAAUUGAGGAGAGGCAAGCAGUAA